AUGCACAGAUUGAAAAUAAAUGAUGUGUAAAUGUUUGACUCCCCUCUACAUAGAUAAAGUGAUUAAAUCACUAAUCCAAUAGAAAUUACUAAAGAUCAAGUGUCAGAAGAGCCAACAACUCUUUUAGGAUAUCUGAGGCAGUAUUUCUUCGAUAAAAUGACUCUCAAAGAUAAUAUCUUUAUUUUCACAUUCAAUCAAACUCUUCUCAACUCCUCAAUCAAAUAACUUAGAUAAGUAGAGAAGCUCAGAGUACGGUAUAUUUAAAUUGAUUCGAAGCAUAAAUGUGUUCCUACUGAUUGGUAUCUAGGUUAUGAUACCUUUGCCAUUUAUACUUUUUAUCAACUCUCUGGAAAUUAAGGGUUUUUAAGGUCUAUGAUGAACAAUAGAAGAUAUGCUCAAGGGCCAGAAACGAUAGAAUCAAUCACUUUUUAUUUGCUUGGUUUGCCAAUUAUCAUAUCUCUUUAGCUUACUUUUUAUUCAUCUAUUCAUCACUUGAACAAGUUUGUCUUCCAAUUUGAGCACCUCAUAAAUUUAUUGGAUAACGGCUUUGAGCACUUAAUUACAGUUAAUAUUAGAGAAGCAAUUACAAGAAGGGUUGAAUAAUAAAUUCAUGAGGUUUUACUCUAGCAGUAACUGCAAGAAGAAUUAGAAUCAAAUGAGCAUGGAGAUGAAAUGAACUAGGAUGAUUAGUAAAUUCCUAGUUAGGAUGGGAAUAUUGAUAAUCAUCAAUCAGAUUAGUAAUUAAAUAAUUAAGAAUCUUUGGAUCCUUAACUAAAUAAUGGCCUCAAAGAGGAAAAUUAGGAUAUAGUAGAUGAAGGAAGCUCCGUACAGUAAAGUUGCUACUAUGAAUAAAGAUUAAACAAUGAUUCUGAAAAAUCUCUGAGCAAAUUGAUUAUGGUAGAAGAGGAUUAAAAGCGUUAAGAAAAUGUUCAUAUGCUAUGA